UCUGUUUAAAGACUUGAAAAAACAAGCACCUUUUGCUGUCUAACUCUCUUUACCCUUCUCCUUCUCACUGCCAAAAAACCUUUUCCUCUCUGUCAUCAAACUUUGCUUUCUCAUGUUACAUAUAGUCUCCAGCAUCACACAACAAUAACAUAUAAUAAUAUAUUAUUCUUUUCUUACACAUCAUUGGUCUUGUCAGAAAAUAUGAACUCAUGACUACCAACAACAAAUACCCUUUUUCUUCUUCUCUUUCUUCAUCUUCUUCUUCUUCUAUGGGAAUGGUAUAUGAAGACCUUGGAGUUGGAUCUCUCUCUCUUAACUCAAACUAUGCUGUCAGUUUUCCAUUUAUGAGAGACUGUCUUUCUAAAAGAUUUGAAGAAGAAGAUGAUAUGGAAGGUAAAGGUUGUGAUUGUAGUGAUGGAAAUUACCACAAUGAAGACUUGGAGAACCCUAAUGACAAUAAUAAUAACAAUAAUAAUAAUAAUGGUAGUGGGAAAGAGGAAGAUAAUGGACAGUCUAGUAAAUGUGCUAGAGGUCAUUGGAGACCUGCUGAAGAUUCCAAGCUUAAGGAACUUGUUGCUCUUUAUGGUCCUCAAAAUUGGAACCUCAUAGCUGAAAAGUUGGAAGGAAGAUCAGGGAAGAGUUGUAGGUUAAGAUGGUUCAACCAAUUAGAUCCAAGAAUCAAUAGAAGAGCAUUUAGUGAAGAAGAGGAAGAAAGACUAAUGCAAGCACAUAGAAUUUAUGGAAACAAAUGGGCCAUGAUAGCUAGACUAUUUCCAGGAAGAACAGAUAAUGCUGUAAAGAAUCAUUGGCAUGUUAUAAUGGCAAGAAAGUACAGAGAACAAUCUAGUGCUUACAGAAGAAGAAGAUUAAGCCAACCUGUUUACAGAAGAAUGGAUCAAAAUCAUCAAAGCUUUGUCUACAAAGAAAACACAAAUAUUGAAACAGAAUCAUAUUCAUCACAUUGUUUUCUCAAUGGAGCCCCACUUGGUAAUAGUGUGUCUAUUUUUCCAUAUGGUGCUUCCUUCCAACAUGGUGGUCAUGGUGGUGGGGUUGAAUAUGGUUUAAAUGUUUCACCUCACUUGAGUGGUGAGAGAGAACCAAUGCAAGGACCCCUACAUGUUGGUUUCUAUUCUCAACAAGCACCAUUUGAUUUUUUCUCUGGUGGUGGUAGAAGCAAUAUUAACAUGGUGGAAGAUUCUUUCAAUCAUUAUUAUCAUCAUCAACAACAACAACAAGAGCUAUCUAAUUUCUACCAUCAUUAUCCACAACAAUAUUUGAUGACAAUGCAACAACAAAACAAUUACAAUUUCACAAAUUCAUCAUCAACAGCAUCGAGAAAUAUUGGAGAAAACAAUGAAAAAGUGAUGAUGAUUAAUGAGAAGGCAGAUUGUGUUGAAGAAACUCCUCCUCAAUUUUUUGACUUCCUUGGAGUAGGUGCUACAACAACAAGAACAUGAUCUUUGAUAUGCAUCCAAAAAAAGCUGCAGAAUUAUCCACGGAAGUUGCUCAAUAUAGGUGUGGUCCAACAUAAAUGUGAAGUCAUUCAGAGGCAAAUAGAAAGCAAAGGAUAGUUGCUUUUUAGUUAGGUCACUGUGUAACCUUUGCGUCACUUUUGUUGAUAAUGAUGUCAUUCUAUUUCUUUAUCA